AUGAGGGCGUUAUUACAAGGGUUGCUGGUAUUCACUUUUGCUGCUGGGGUAUUUGGACGAUUACAUCUACUGAAUCCAAAUCGAAUUCCAAAAUGGAAGGCGUUGAACGAUCCGAAUCAGGGCCCUAUUUAUCCACAACCUGAACAAGUUCACAUCAGUUAUGCAGGUGAUCCAACAAAAAUGUUCGUCACCUGGUUGGCUUUUGAUGACACCGGAGUGGCAUAUGUUGAAUGGGGAGAAGGAAGACAUUGGGAUCGAAAUACUACGGCCCAUGUCUACCUUUUCAAAGACGGCCAAAAAGGCUCAGAUGAUCGCUACAUCUACCGUGCCUUGCUUACCGGGAUUGAGCCUGGAAAAACCUACCGCUAUCACGUCGGCUCUUCUUUCGGCUGGAGUUCUAUCUAUGAAUUUACCGGCUUGAAGGAAAGAUCUGAUGGUGGCUACCGUAUGGCCGUCUUUGGUGAUAUGGGAAAUCAGAAUGCUCGCUCAUUGGGAAAAAUUCAAGAAUUGGUACAGCGAGGAGAAUUGGAUAUGAUUCUUCAUGUUGGUGAUAUGGCGUAUGAUAUGAACGAAGAUCACAGCGAGAUGGGUGACGAGUUUAUGAGGCAAAUCGAGCCCGCUGCUGCUUAUAUUCCGUAUAUGGUGGCUGUUGGAAAUCACGAGAAUAAUCAAAACUUUACACAAUAUGUGAAUCGCUUUACGAUGCCUGGCUCGGAGAAUGGGUUAAUGUACAGCUAUGAUCUCGGCCCAGUCCAUUACGUCGUCAUCUCAACGGAAUUCUAUUUCUACACAAAUUGGGGCUAUGCUCAAAUUGGGAAUCAAUGGAAAUGGCUAUCUGAAGAUUUAGAGAAAGCCAAUGCCAAUCGCGAUAAAGUGCCUUGGAUCAUAACGAUGGGCCAUCGACCCAUGUAUUGCUCGGAUUUUGAUGGGGACGAUUGCACGAAAUAUGAGAGCAUCAUCCGAACUGGACUUCCCGGGACGCACGCUUAUGGGCUUGAGAAACUCUUCUACAACCAUGGAGUUGAUCUCGCCAUCUGGGCUCAUGAGCAUUCUUAUGAGCGGAUGUUCCCUGUUUAUGAUCGCACGGUAUACAACGGAACAAAAUCGCCUUAUCUUGAUCCGCCAGCCCCUGUUCACGUAGUCACCGGUUCAGCCGGAUGCCGCGAAAACACUGACCAAUUCGUCAAGCAUCCCCCGCCAUGGAGCGCUUUCAGAUCUUCUAACUACGGCUUCAGCUUGAUGCAAGUCCACAAUUCAACACAUUUGCAUUUCCAGCAAGUCGCCGCCGCAAAGGAUGAGGUUGAGGAUGACUUUUGGAUAGUUCGUACUCGUCAUGGGAAAAUGGGACGUGAAGAGAAAAAAAUGUUGAAAAGGCACGGCACCCACAUUCCGCACCAUUACUGUCAUCACCAAUCUCACUGCAAGGUCUACACCCCAUAUGGGGAAUUU